AUGCGCGAGUCCCCCGUUCAGUUCCCAGCACCACCACACGUUUUCUCUGUCUUUUUCUCGAGGGAGUUUCUCCGACCUUCAUCAACCAAAAAGAAGGGAAAUCCCUACUCUUCUGUGCCAGAACCACCUCGCUUGCCUGCUACUUUGCGGUUACAGACGGGCCAAACUUUCGCUGCUACUUCUUUCGGUGCGCCUCUCAAAGGAAAGGAAAACAAGGUCGGAGGCGAAAUCGUCUUCACGACGGCCCUUGUCGGUUAUCCCGAGUCCAUGACCGACCCAUCGUACCGUGGACAAAUCCUCGUGUUUACCCAACCUCUCGUCGGCAACUAUGGUGUACCUGGCCAAACCCGUGACGAAUUUGGCUUACUCAAGCACUUCGAGGCCGAUGGGAUUCAAGUUCAAGGCAUCAUCGUCAGUGAUUACGCAGCGAAAUACUCCCAUUGGAAUGCCGUCGAGUCGUUGGGCCAGUGGUGCGCUCGUUACGGAGUUCCUGCGUUGACAGGCGUUGACACUCGCGCCGUCGUCACAUUGUUGAGGGAACGCGGAUCUACAUUGGCAGAAAUCUGCAUUGGUGACAACUCCCCGACAGACCUGCGGGAAAGUGCCCCUAUUGAGACGAAAGACCCUAACGCGAAGAAUCUCGUAGCUGAGGCGUCAACCAAGACGGUGACAUUGUACAAUCCGGACGGCGAUAGCACAAUCCUGCUCAUCGACUGUGGCGCCAAGCAGAACAUCAUUCGCUCGCUCGCCAAGCGCGGAGCCCGCGUCAUGGUCGUCCCAUGGAACUUUGACAUCGCAAGCAGCACUUUUGCGAAACCUGGUGCCAACACCUCACACGCAUUCGAUGGUAUCUUCCUCUCGAACGGUCCUGGUAACCCACAAGCGGCCUACCAGACUGCUCGCAACCUCCGUGCCUUCAUGCAACUCCCACAAGCCAAGACCUUACCCAUGUUUGGCAUCUGCAUGGGCAACCAACUCAUGGGUCUGGCCGCCGGGUUCGGUUCGUACAAGCUCAAGUACGGCAACCGCGGCCACAAUCAGCCUGCCAUCAACCUCGUGACGGGCAAAUGCGUCAUCACGUCUCAGAACCACGGUUACGCCCUCGACGAUACGAGCGUCGCGACCGGACACCCUGUUCCUGAAGAUUGGAUCCCCUUCUUCCGCAACGCUAAUGAUGGUUCAAAUGAAGGAAUUCGUCACGUCGCCCACCCAUGGUCGUCCGUCCAGUUCCACCCCGAGGCCAUGGGAGGCCCUCUCGACACGGACUACCUCUUUGACGAGUUCUUGAGCGAUGUCAGGGAAUACAAGAAGCGCCGCAACCUUAACCGACUCAUCCCGGACUCCGUGUGUCUCUUCCUGGCCUACGUCAGUCGCCUUACGUCGAUAUGUAGUGCUCUAUCCUCUCCCUCUCUGUCAUGUGAUCCUUCAUCAUUCGUUUCUUUUGCAUCACUUUCUACUGCUAGUCAGUAG